AUGGCAUCUCUUAUACGACGAAUUUCACCGCUUUUCCAAAGAGCUGUUAACAUAAGCAUCCGAUCAGCAAGUUGCGCGAACUUGGACACAUUUAACGUUUCUAGAAGAAAGAAGUACACUGACUCUAGCAAGUAUAAAGACUUUAAAGGGAAGUUUAAAAAUUCCAACAGAGAAGCCACUGGAUCAAUAGAUGGAGCAGAUUCAGAGGAAUUCAACUUGGACGAUGCCGACUAUGACGCUAUUGCCAAUAGCACUAUGCGAGUGCAGAAGAGAUUGCAAAAUGAACAGAAUGUAUUUAUCAUUCAACCGUACAUAAAAUGGGGACCAAAAAAGGCGUCAAGCAAACCGGAACACCAGCUGGCAGAAGCAGAGGCAUUGGUUCGUUCGAUACCUAAUUGUACGGUGGAACAUUCCUUGAAAGUACCGCUGGAGUCACUGGAUAAAAAGCAUCUUUUUGGGGUUGGAAAGCUAGAAGAAAUUAAAUCAUGCUUGAAGAAUCUGCAAUCGUCGGGAACGAUGAUCACUUGCGUGUUUGUCAGUAAAGGAACACUAUCUUUGGCACAAAAGCAGCUUCUCGAGCAUCACUUCAAUUUGCCCGUGAUGGAUCGCUAUUCAGUAGUGAUACAGAUUCUGCGACUGCAUGCCAUUAGCACCGAAGCCAAGUUGCAAGUUGCAAUGGCCGAAAUUCCGUACAUUUGGAGUCAGAUGAAGGAUCAAGCGGGUGGUGGGUCGAAAAAUUGUGUAUACCUGACCGAAUCGCAGAAGCAAAUGCUAAGGAUCCGUGAAAGAAAAUUGAAAAAUGAGCUAAGCUCUAUUCGGGCACGCCGCGACUUACUCCGUAAUAGGCGCAAACAGAAAGCCUUCCCGAUUGUGGCCGUCGUUGGUUACACAAAUGCAGGCAAAACUUCGCUCAUCAAAGCUUUCACUGAGGAAAAAACGCUUCAACCAAGAAAUCAGUUGUUUGCCACCUUGGACGUGACAGCUCACGCGGGUUGGCUACCCUGUAAGCUAGAGGUACUUUUUAUGGACACAGUUGGCUUCAUGGCCGAUAUUCCCACCGGACUGAUAGAAUGUUUCGUUGCGACAUUGGAAGACGCCAUGCUUGCUGAUGUCAUCGUUCACGUACAGGAUGUUUCUCAUGAAAACUUUACAGAACAGAAAAUGCAUGUGGAGAGCACUCUGGAAUCGCUUCGCAAGUCAAUUUGUGUUGACAAGGAAAGAGGUCCAGCUAACAUCAUCAACGUGGGUAAUAAGUGUGACCUAGUGGAGGACCAUGCUGCUCUACUAGAGCGGCAUCCCGAUCUGUUUCUAGUUUCGUCAACAACGCUUAACGGUGUCCACAAUCUGCUACAGGAAAUCGAGCGGCAAGUGCUAAUUGUUACCGGUCGCCAGAAGUUAAUCAUUCGGGUUCCUAUGGGCGGACAGGAGGUCGCUUGGUUAUACAAGAAUGCGGCCGUAACGGAAACGGCUGCUGAUCCGCAGAACAGUCAGCAGCUGUUAGUCGGUGCAGUGAUUACCGAGGCCAAACUGCAACAGUUUCGACAUCAAUUUGUUAAACGCAGAGCGUAAAAUAAUUUAGGGCAAUAAUUUAACGAUAUUUUAUCUGUAUGAAAGAUUAUAUAUAGAUAUGCAAAUAGAUAUGCAUUAAUCCGAAUAA